UGAUCCAGCGAUGCAAUAAUUACUUGGGUUACAAAAAGCUUAAAAAUGGGCUGCCGUGGAUACACCCUUUGAUUCCUCUCAGUCUCUCUCUUUGCUGCAAAACACACCGAGCUUUGGAUUUGCAAAGCUCAAAAAACUAUCCCUUCUGAUCUGAUCAACUAACUUGAAUCUCUUCGUUGUCACCGUCGUCUUCGUUUCUCCGUCGAAGUGAAGAGUAGGUAGCAGUUAUUUCGGAGAACUAAACAUGGAGAGGGGAGGUGGUUCAUCGUCUUCGAGGAAAGGCAAGAAGGGUAAUUCGGACAGGCAGGCUAAGCAAUCCCAGAGAGGGCUGGGUGUUGCUCAAUUGGAGAAGAUCAGAUUACAUGGACAAGUGGCUUCUUCUUCCUACCAGCAGCUCCCUCGUUACCCUGCAAAUUUCAACCAGGUAGAUGAUAUGAGAGUGCAAGCAAGGUAUUCAUCAAUGGCAUCAUCGUCAUCUUUUUCUUAUUCAUCAUCUUCCUCAGCACCUUCUUAUGGUUUCCAGUACCCAAACAUGAUGAUGGGGCUCGGCGAAUAUGAUCAAAGAGCAAACUUCAGCUAUGGUGAUUCCCAACCUAGUACUACAGCAAGUUGGAACCCCAGCAGUGGCAUCCUCGAGAGCCAACAUUUUACACAACCGAACAUGACCAGACAACUCCUAAACCCACAUGUUGAGGAUUCACAUUCGAGGAGCAAGAUCCAUAGGAGCAAGUCAUUGGGGUCGAGCAGUCAAAAUUCCGAAUCAAGUGACACGCAAGAGCUCGAUUUGGAGCUGAGACUGUCUUUGUAAUCAGUAAUUUUUCGUCGGCCAACUUGAUUGAAAGUGUUAUGCUAUUCCUAGAUAUUGUAAGUUCAAGAUAAGUGGUUUGAUUCUUGCAAUUCAUCAUAUAUAUACAUACAAGUUGAUCAUGGAAGUUGUUUGAAAUUUUCAUUUG